CAUUUAUACGCAUGGUAGCCCGUAGUAAUCGGGCGUUCACUGGUAUCUCCAUGUCGUCCAGUGGUACUUGUCAUUGCUGAUUACGGAGGGAGUAGUUGACUACCUCCCCACGAUUAUCAGCAGCUCCCACAAAUUUGCAGCAGCCGCCGCCGCCGUUGCUGUUAUCCUGCCGCCGCCGCCGCCUUGUUCGGAGAAAUGGGCAAAAAAGCCAUCCGAUACGCCGUGGUGGAUGCCUUCGCGGCUGAGCCGUUCAAGGGCAACCCCGCCGCAGUAUGCCUCCUCGAAGAGGAGGGCGCCUCCGCGACCGUGGACGACCGGUGGAUGCAGUCCGUCGCCGCCGAGUUCAACCUCUCGGAGACCGCCUUCCUCGCCCGUGACUCCUCCGGGGCAGCCGGCGCAGCCCCGCGGUUCCACCUCCGAUGGUUCACUCCCGUCACCGAGGUUGACCUCUGCGGCCACGCGACGUUGGCCUCUGCGCACUUCCUCUUCACGACCGUUCUUCCGGAGCAUGGCAAGCUGGAGUUCAUGACCAGGUCCGGGAUCCUAACUGCCAAGAAAGUCCCUGCACCAGGGAGCACUGGCGUCCCAGGUGAGGAGCAGGGGAAGCUGUUUAUUGAGCUGGAUUUCCCCAUGAUUGGUUUUCUGGAAUGCAAUGAAAUGCUGUCGAUUCCGGAGACCCUAAAUGGUGCUCCCAUUGUCAGCGUUCACAAAUCGGCUACCGACGGUGACCUCAUUGUGGAACUUUCUUCAGGAAAAGAAGUUGUGGAUAUCCUUCCUAGCAUCGAUGAAAUUAAAAACUUGGCCUGCAGGGGUCUUAUUGUUACAGGACCGGCACCUGCUGGAUCUGGUUAUGACUUCUUUACACGUUUCUUCUGCCCAAAAUUUGGGAUAGAUGAGGACCCCGUUACUGGCAGUAUACAUUGUGUUUUGGCACCCUAUUGGGGCAGAAAGCUGGGGAAGCAAAAAUUGACGGCAUUUCAAGCAUCUCCAAGAGGUGGAACACUAUACCUGCAACUGGAUGACGCAAAUCAGAGAGUGCAAAUCCAGGGAGAAGCUCUUACUGUGAUGGAUGGAACGCUCCUAGCCUAGCCAGCAUGCCUUUGGCAAUUUGGCAUCCAUCUACUCGUAUAUGCUUUGAAGGACAACCAUUCAUCCAUCUACUCGUAUAUUCAUGGAGUUAUAAUAUGAGUUUGGAUGGUGGUGAUUCUGUUCGUUGUUAUAUGCUUGUUGAACAGUUAACUGCUUAUGGGUACAAAAAAUAAAAAACAUCCUGAGCUCUUUUAGAGACCUGAACAAUGCCCGGCAAUUGCGGAUACCGAUGGGGGCUUGUCUAGGGGAAGUGAUUUCAUUGUAUUUCCGUGCCACAAAUGCCAUGUAUUGGGCUUGACGAGUUGACAUCCAACUUGCCGAAGGCACUAUUGUUUUCCACCAUUGUAAUAUCAUCUUUGGUAUAGUCCCAUAUAAGCAGGAGUAUGGACUGUA